AUGACCCUUUCAAGUCGAGAAGCCGAGGAAACAGCAGCAGUCCUGAGACUUCUGGUCCGAGGUCAUGUUCUAUAUGCAUACACUUGCCGUCCCUCCGUUACCCACCCGGCCGCCUGGUCUCCCAAUAUUUCAGCAUCCCCUUCUAAAGGUCGCUUUGAUCUUGCCCUCGACCACUCUCUCAAAGACAUGCACUGGAGAGUCCGCUUUCUCCUCCACCUCGCCCGUACCCUCAUCUUGCCGCCGUUGACAGUGCUCGCUGUCGUGUGGCGUUUCCAUUUAAACUUCUCCGUUGCCCAACUCGUCUUAGCCUCCUUGUCCGCUAUCGUCCUCACCGUCCAGCUCCGGGCACGCUGGACGCGAUACUCUGACCAACUCAAGGCGUACAACCUCAACUCACGAACCAUCCCUAUUGCGCGAGGCAAAUGGCCAGGCAAUCUAGAUUUGCUCUUGCGCUUGAUGCAAACACCUCGCAAGGCCUAUGUCGGAGAAAGAAUCUACGAGCUGUUUGAAGAGUACAAGACAGAUACGAUCAAUCUACGUCCGCUCGGAAUGGACCUCAUCAUUACAAGGGACAAUGCCAUCGUUAAAGAAAUUCUCGCCACCAACUUUGCUGGGUGGCACAAGGGAUGGAAGAGUAGAGAGCGUCUGUUCGACUUUUUUGGCCGUGGCAUCUUUGCCGUAGACGCGGACGAAUGGAGAGCCCAUCGUGCAAUGACCAAGCCGUACCUCUCCAAGGAGCGAACCGCGGACGUUGAUACCUUUUGGCGGUAUGGCAAACAAACGGUCCAGCUUCUUGGGGAAAUAGCCAAGCUCGACGUCCCGGUUCUCGACGUUCAAGACCUCGUUUCACGCUUCACAAUGGACACAAUUUUUCAGGUCAUGCUUGGUGAAUGCAGCGGAACACUCCGCGGCCACCUUCCGCGCGCCGGACACGCCCAAUUAGGUGCCAUGGGAUCUGCACAUGAAGCGUCUACGGGCGACCCUUUUGACGCCUUUAUCACCGCCUUUGGCCGUGCGCAGCUUCUUGUGGCCCAGAGGACGGUCCGUGGGCAGCUUUGGCCACUAUGGGAGCUCUUUGACAACAAGAUGGCCAAAGAGAUGCGAAUCGUCAAUGCCUUUCUCGAUCCUCUCGUCGAGGCAGCGCAAAAGAAGAAAGCCUUGGAUAGUGAAGACUUGGAGAGAUUGGAAUUUCGCGAGCAAUCACUGCUCGAUGAACUUGUGCGCUCCAUCGAUGAUCCCGUCGUUGUUCGUGAUGAAUUGUUCAACAUCAUUCUCGCAGGCAGGGACUCUAUGGGUUCAUUACUGACGUUUACAAUCUACCUGCUCUCCCGUCACCCUGGUUCGUACCCACCCCAAACCCGUUUCAUGAUGGCGUAUAUUGAUUAUCCUAUACCUGUAGAGGUCGAGGCAAAGUUGCGUACCGAGAUUCUCGAGGUAUGCGGCGAUACCGAAGCACCGCCGACAUAUACCAUGCUCAAGAAAUUGAAGUACAUGCGUGCUAUUCUCAAUGAGACGCUGCGCUUGUUUCCUCCUGUUCCUCUGAAUCACCGGACGAGUGUACACGAUUGUACCGUUCCUGUAAUGAAUGGCGGUCUGGACGUAGACAAUCGUCCCUUCUUCGUCCCAGCUGGGACCCAGAUCAGUUAUUCAUCACUUCUCAUUCAGCGCUCCGAGACCUUGUGGGGGCCCACCGCCGAAGAGUUUAGACCUGAGCGAUGGCUCGACCCAAAGGAGGCUGCGCGGUACCACACCAAUUUCCAGUUUAUCCCGUUCAACGCUGGUCCACGUAUCUGCUUGGGUCUCAACCUCGCUUACAACCAAGUCUCGUUCCUUCUUGCUCUCAUAGUGCCCAGGUUCAAGUUCCAUCUCGCCCCGGAGUAUCAGCCUCUGGGCUCUGCGCCGCUCCCAGAAUGGCAAGAGGAGAUUCCGAAUGUCAAGCAGAUGAAGCGCGUUAAAGAGGAGAGAAUCUGGCCACUGUCGAGUAUUACCUUGUACUCAAAGGGUGGUCUAUGGAUGCGUGUAGAGAGUCUAGAGGAUUGA